AAUGCCAGGGCAGGGGGGCUGAGGCACAAUCUGCACUACAGUUGCCAACUUCCCUCAGCCUAGCCCACCUCAGCUUAUCAGUAGCCACGGCCUGGAGACCCUCGAGCACAAGCCGGAGCACAAAGAGAAAUGAGCCAGUUCAAGAGGGGCGCGAGGAGGAAGGAAACAGCUGGGCGGCAGGGUCCCUCACAUACACUCUGCUCUCGCCUGGGACCCAGCGAUGUGACUGUCACCACUGUCGUUGGCUCUGCCUGACACCAGGGCACCCACUAAGGUCCAAAAAUGGGGGACUGGUCUAUCUUGGGGCGUCUCUUGACAGAAGUCCAGAACCAUUCCACUGUGAUUGGAAAGAUAUGGCUGACAAUGCUUCUUAUUUUUCGCAUUCUUUUGGUAACGUUGGUGGGAGAUGCAAUGUAUGGAGACGAACAGUCCAAAUUUACCUGCAACACUCUUCAGCCUGGUUGCAAUAAUGUGUGCUAUGACAGUUUUGCUCCUGUUUCACACCUCAGGUUUUGGAUAUUUCAGAUUGUCCUGGUUUCAACACCUUCCAUUUUUUAUAUCAUCUAUGUCCUGCAUAAAAUUGCCAAGGAUGAGAAGACUGAACUGGAAAAGGCCUAUGUCAUGGAGCUGAUUCAGAGCCUAUCUGCUGAAAAACACCUGUCUGAGAGUAAUGUAAACCCAGAUACUGAACAACAAAUAGAUGGUAAAGAUGCUUCAUGGAAAGAAACCGGAUUUAAGCCAAAGUUAAGAAAAGAUUUCAAAGGGUCCAUCCCAGUCCUUGACAAAAUGCACAUCAUCUAUAUUGUCCACGUGGUACUCAGGUCUCUGAUGGAGGCUGGGUUCCUGGUGGGCCAGUAUUAUCUUUUUGGUUUUGAAGUGCCUCACCUUUUCCGAUGUCAUACCUACCCUUGUCCAACUACAACUGACUGCUUUGUCUCAAGGGCCACAGAAAAGACUGUUUUCCUAAACUUCAUGUUUGGAGUUGGACUUGGCUGCUUCAUUCUGAACCUUGUGGAACUGCAUUACUUAGGUUGGUUCUAUGUGUUUCGCAUUUUAUCCUUAGCCUGCUCUGCCUGCUGUGAUUUUAAGAGUAUCAAGAAGCCAAAGGUUCUACACCCAGAGCAGAACAGCUUACUCAUACACUUAAAGGACACCAUACAAGAAAGGUUUGCGCUAAAGAGUUCUUCCAGUUUAUCCCAGGAGAAGAUCAGUUGUCUCCCCUCUCAUUCAGCUGCCAUUUCCUUUACACAGGAUGACAACAGUGAUACUACCUCCAGGAAAGGCCCAGACAGUAUGCAUAGUAGCCUCGAUAAAAUAUAUAAAAUCAAAAAAUCUUGGCUUUAAGAAACAAAAGAAAAUGUCUUAUAGGUCCAUGGAUCAUUUUCAAGGUUCUUUAUCAUGACUGGCUGUGAAUCAAUCACAUUUUGCGUGGUUCAUUAUUGGUCUGUUUAACAAGUCAUAAAUUAAAAUAUUAAUUCUCUGA